GUGGGACAGAGCCCGUUGGAAACGAACAUUUAAGCCGCAGGUUUCUGGUGACUUGCCAAUCUAUUUAACCGCACAAUUGAGGCUGUUAGGGUCGCAAGUCUCCCUAUCUGAUAGAACUUAAAUCUGACGUUUUCCCGUGACGACGAGAGCUUCAACCAAACCAAAAGACUUUUGCCACGUCCCAAUAUGGCUGUAAGCAACGCUCAACUUACAGUCAACGCCAAAAAGAAAAAGCUCACACAUCACAGUCGACAGUUCCUCAGGUUGUUCUCUUCGGAGACUCUUUGUUUCAACAAUGCUCAGAUAUCCAAGACGGUUUCUCUUUCCAAGCUGCUCUCCAGUCUGAUUUCAUUCGACGUUUGGAUAUCGUAAACCGGGGGUACUCGGGAUUCAACACCGACAUCGCUCUGAGAUAUCUUCCUGAAAUCUUCCCGGAGCGUACAGCCUCAUCACCUAAGAUGGACUAUCUGGUUCUCCUGUUUGGCGCAAAUGAUGCUGUGCUUCCUGGUGCUAUCACCAAGCAGCAUGUUCCUAUAGAUCGGUACAAGAAAAACCUCACCAAGAUCAUCAACCACCCGCGCAUCGCUGCUCACAAGCCCCAUAUUCUGCUGGUGACGCCCCCUCCCCUGGAUGAGAUCAAGACAACCCCUCGAUCCAUCGAGAAUGGCCACCAAGGAGCAGUUCGCAAGUCGGCUAUUAGCGCUGCCUACUCCGAGGUGGCUCGUGAGGUCGCGCGAGAGAAUCCUGGGGUUAUUCUGGUCGACCUCUGGAAGGCCCAGAUGGACAAGGCCAUCUCCCUUACUCCUGACGAUUACACCCCAGGUGGACCAUGGUUAGGCGACCCCGAGAACGGUAAGCAGGGUGGUCUGGAUACUCUCCUUCACGACGGGCUCCAUAUGAGCGGAUCUGGUUAUCAGGUAUUCUAUGAGAGCCUCAAGCCAUUUAUUGGCAAGGAGUGGCAUGGCCUCGCGGAUGAUGAUCGCAAGGGAUUUGUGAUCCCAGAUUGGCGAGAACUGCUCGAGCUCAAGCCCAAUCUGAACACUGGCGAUUAGAUGGGAUGCAGAUUAUGGCAUUCGACAUCAGAGGCACUGAUUGAAUACAAGAUGUCAAAAUAUACGCGUUGUGCAGAGUUUCUUGUG